AUGAUUGUGUGCGCGACGGGAUGGCCGACGCCGUCGGUGAAAUGGUUCAAAGACGGAGAGGAGAUUGUCGGCGACGGUCCCGACGGGAAGCGCGUCGUGUUCACCGAUGAGCGCGGCAUUCAUCAUUUGGUGAUUGUCAACGCGAGCGUCGACGAUGAGGGCGAGUACACGCUGGUGGCGACGAACAAGCACGGCACCGCGAAAACCGACGGCUCGCUGAGCGUCAUUCGACCGCGUCACGUCGCCGCCGAUGAUCGCGGCGGUCUUCCGUUCCCGCCGGGCUUCGUGCGACAACUCAAGAACAAGCACGUGUUCAAUCAUAUGCCGACGAUAUUCGAUUGUCUCGUCGUCGGCCAUCCGACGACCGACGUCGAGUGGUACCACAACGGCAAAAAGGUGGUGGCGAGCGGACGCGUGAAAAUUCAAUCGUGCGCCGGCGGCUCGCACGCGCUCAUCAUUCUCGACACGACGCUGGACGACGCCGGCGAGUAUGUGGCGACGGCGAAGAACGCGCACGGCGUGGCGAGCUCGUCGGCGGUGCUCGACGUGACGAAACCGUUUUUGGACGACGUCAAAUUCAAUGGCGAAAUCGAUGUGACGCCGUACCUCACCGAAGAGUACGGCUUCAAGAAGCUCAACACGGCGAGUCUGCCGACGCCGCCCGAUCGCGGGCCGUUCAUCAAAGAGGUCACCGGACACUAUUUGACGCUCUCGUGGAUACCGACGAAACGCGCGCCGCCGCGCUACCCGCAAGUCACCUAUGUCAUUGAGAUUCGAGAGCUUCCCGAAAAGGAAUGGACAUUGCUUGACUAUAACAUUCCGGAGCCGGUGUGCAAAGUGCGCAAUUUGGAGCUCGGCAAAUCGUAUCAGUUCCGCGUUCGCGCCGAGAACAUCUACGGCAUCUCGGAUCCGUCGCCGGCGUCGCCGCCGUCGCGACUGAUGGCGCCACCGGCGCCGGUCUUCGACAAACGCACCAACAAAAUCAUUCCGCUGCUCGAUCCGUACGCGGAGCGCGCGCUCGAUUUGAAGUACGGCGAGCAGUACGCGUGCGCGCCGUGGUUCGCGCCCGGCGUCGUCGAGAAGCGCUAUUGCGCCGAGAACGACACGCUGACGAUUGUGCUCAACGUGUCCGGCUUUCCCGAUCCCGACAUUCAAUGGAAGUUCCGCGGUUGGAACAUCGACACGACGAGUCCGACGUCGAAAUGCAAAGUGUACACGUACGGCGGCACCGAGACGACGCUGGCGAUCACCGGCUUCGGCAAGGAGAACGUCGGCCAAUAUCAGUGUUUCGCGAGCAACGAGUACGGCGAAGCGCAACAGAACGUGAUGGUCGAGCUCGCCGAGCGGCCCAACUUCAUUCAGACGCUCGCCAACAAGACGUUCUCGUCGGCACAGCCGAUGCGAUUGGACGUGCGCGUCGAGGGCCAACCGUUCCCCGAACUCAAGUGGAUGAAGGAAUGGCGUCCGAUUGUCGAAUCGUCGCGAAUCAAAUUCGUGCAAGACGGGCCGUACCUCUGCUCUCUGAUCAUCAACGAUCCGAUGUGGCGCGACAGCGGCAUCUACUCGUGUGUGGCGGUCAACGACGCCGGCCAAUCGACGACAUCGUGCACGGUGACGGUUGAAGCCGAAGGCGACUACAACGACGUCGAGAUACCGCGACGACGCGUCGCCAUCGAAUCGCGACGUGUCCGCGAGCUGUAUGAGAUAUCCGAAAGCGACGAAAAGCUGGCCGCGAAUGGAGCGCCGUUUCACGUCAUCGAGAAGGCGACGCGUCGCGAGUUCCUCGCGCAACUUCGUCCCAUCGACGACUCGCUGACGCGACAUGUCGACAUUCACAACUCGUUGGAUCAUCCCGGCGUUGUGCAAAUGCAUCGCGUUGUGCGCGACGAGCAGUUGGCGUUGGUCGUCUUUGAAAACGCCAAUUCGACACUCGAUGGCCUCGCGCAUCCCGGCGUCACCAUCGCCAGUCGGGCCGAUCGCGAGACGUGCGUUCGCGUCUUCGUCCGACAGCUUCUGCUCGCGUUGAAGCACAUGCACGACAUGCGGAUCGCCCAUCUCGACUUGCGUCCCGAGGCGAUUCUGUUGCAAGACGACAAACUGAAAUUGGCCGAUUUCGGCCAAUCGCGUCGAUUGUUGCGCGGACUGAUUUGCGGCGAGAUCAAAGGCUCGCCGGAGUUUGUGAGCCCCGAAGUUGUGCGCAGCUAUCCGCUGACACUUGCCACCGACAUGUGGAGUUGCGGUGUGCUCGUUUAUGUCUUACUCACCGGUUUCUCGCCAUUCCACGGCGACAACGACGCCGAAACAUUGGCGAACGUCGAUCGAUGCCACUACGACGAUGGACCGUUGCGACAAUUCUCGUGUGACGCCGUCGAUUUUGUGCAGAAGCUUCUUGUCGAGACGCCAGCACAUCGUCUGACGGUCGAUGAAGCCCUUCGGCAUCCGUGGAUCGACGACGAGACGCUUAAAAGCGCGCCACUCUCGGCGGACACACUGCGCGAGUUCAAAUACCAGCACAAAUGGCUGGAGCGACGCGUUUUCGUGCAACAAACGCCGUCCGAGCAGAUUCUCGACGCGAUUCUGGGACCCGUCACGGAGCGCUCGAAACCGACGCCGGCGAAAGGCGCCGACGGACGACGACCCGCUGAGAUCUACGACUAUUUGCGGAUCAAGCCGAGACCCGUCGCGCAAGUUGAAGAGAUUCGACACCCACGCAAAGAGCAUCCGCCGUUCAUUGACGAAUUCGGGCAGGUCAUCGAUCCGCGCGAUUUCGAUCUACCGUACGUCGAGCCACCGGCGGGGGGACGACGACGCGACGGCGGUGCGGUUCCGCAGCCGCAAGCGCCUCCAGCGCAUGACGGAAGACGGCACGAGCCGGCGAGACGAACCAGCGAACGAAGCGAACGCGGCGACUACGAGCCGCGAACACUUCCGGCGUACAACGAUCCAUCGAGACGGCCGACGUCACUCGACGACCAACCCUAUUACAUCGACGAGUUCGGACGACCGAUGAUGGUGGCGUCGGAGAAGCGAAAAUUGGUGCCGCAGGCGAAAGGCGAGACGCCGAGCAAAUCGAAAAAGCCGAUGGAGGCGAUCGACGUCGAGAAGAUGCCGGCGGUGCCGUUGCGAAUGAUUCGCGGCGAGCGACGCGAAAUCGAAGAGGAGAUCGCGAAUCGCAUUCUGUCGGACAUCUCCGAGGAGGGCAGCAUCGCCGGCUCAUUGGCGAGCCUCGAGGAUUUCGAGAUUCCCAAGGAUUUCCAAGUGGAACCCGCUUCCGAGCCGUCGACACCAACACUCACACCGGAAGUCACGAUUCGAGAAGGUCCGCCACCGCAGCACCAGCAGCAACACCAGAAGACAACGAUGAUUGGCGACGACCGGCGACCGGGACAAACGAUUCCGGCGAAGGUUGAUUAUCCGGAUGAGAUGUUGGCCGGUUUGCCGGAUGCUGAAAGAAAGAUUCUGGAGAAUGCUGAGAAUGAUCCAACGAUUCCGGUUGGCGCUCCGCUCUUCCUCGAAGGCCUUCACGGCUCGGAGCUCACGAUUGACACGACGACGCCGUCGGGAUUGAUCAAAGUCACCUCGCCGGCGCAGACGUUGAGUCCGGCGCGUUCGCCGCGACGCUCGACACCCGGCACCAAAUCGCCGGUGGUGUUGAGUCCGCGUCAAGAGCACUCGAUGGAGGUGCUGAUUGCGACAAAACGCGGCAAACCGGGAUUCUUGCCGCCUGGCGAACUUGCGCCCGACAUCGACGAUGAGGACGCGUUCAUGGACGAGCGCAAGAAGCAGCUCAAGCCGACGGAUCACGACGACGAUGAUGGAUUCAAAGAUGAGAAGGACAAACUCGAGCGCGACAAGAAUCGAAGAACGGUGGACCUUAAUAGUUUGGACAAAUACAGGCCGGGCAACUUCUACAAGGAUGAUCUUGAUGGUCAUCAUCCCGGUUAUGAUAUUGAUGAUUCGCCGUGGGAUUCGCACUAUCAAAUCGGACCCGACACUUAUUUGAUGGCGGCGAAAGGCGCCGCUUUCAAUUCGCGCGUUCGCAACUAUCGACAGGAGCUGUUUGGUGUCGGCGCGCCGACGGUGAAACAGGGCUUCUUGGGUGUUCGCAAUCGCGACAUCACCGUCAGAGAGCGGCGACGAUACACCGAUAUUCUGCGCGAAGCCGCGCAGAACCUUGAGCCGAAAUCGAAUGAGCACGCGACGUCGCUUGAGAAAGCGCCGUCGGCGAAUGCGAUUGAUCGAAUCAAAGCCGACAUCGAGAAGGUUGCGCCGUCGGCGACGAAGAAGAACGCGGAUGGCACGUUCGCGCCGAUCUUCACAUCGCGCCUACGCGACGUCUACCUUCGCAAGAAUCAAGCGGCCGUGUUCGAGUGCUCGGUGGCGGCGAGUCCGACGCCGAAAAUCGUUUGGGAUUUCCAAGGCAAACUUCUCGAGAGCAACGAGCGUGUGCGAGUCGAGCACGAGCACAACGUCGCGCGACUCGUCAUCAACAAUCCGGCGCCGUACGAUCUCGGCGAAUACGUGUGCGUCGCGACGAACGAGUUCGGCGUCGACAAGACGUGCUGCCGAUUGAUCAGCGGCGAAACGCCGGCGAGGCCCGGCCGACCCGAAUGCGCGUUGUCGUCCGACACGGAGAUGUUCGUGCAGUGGGAGGCGCCCGAAGGACCGACGUAUUUGGAGGGAAUCACGUAUCGAUUGGAGUGCCGAAACGCGGGACCCGACGACGCCGGCGCGCCAUGGGUGACGGUCAGCGAGCGGAUUGACGAUGAGUCGGUGGUGAUCAAACACUUGAGCCCGUUGGGCAUCUACCAAUUCCGUGUCAUCGCGCAAAACGGCUUCGGCGUCGGCGUGCCGUCGCUGAGCUCGCGAAUUGUUCAAACGCACGGCAAAGGCGCGCCGAAACUUCAAAUCGACGUGCUGCGCUCGCAGAUUCGCCUCAACGUCGUCUCGAUGCCGUCGAAUCGUCUCGGCGGCAUCUCCGAGGAGAGCGAGGAGGAAGCGUCGGAUCGCACGUUCGAUGAUGCCGGCGUCAAGACGAGCCUUCAAUUGGAGUCGUCGGAUCCGACGAGCGGCGGGCGAUUCCAAAUCGGAAGUUUGAAGUUUAAAACGCGAUUCGGUGUGAUUCGUGACGCCGUCGACGCGUCGUCGGAAGGCGGCGCUCACUGUGCGGUGAAGAUUCGCCAUCCGUCGUCGGAAGCGAUCGGCGAGUACGAGGCGCUCCGCGACGGUCAACACGAGAAUGUGCAGCGGCUCAUCGCCGCCCACGAUUCCAACAACUUCUUGUUUCUAUUCUGCGAGCGCCUCUACGAGGAUGUGUUCUCGCGAUUCGUCUUCAAUGAUUACUAUACCGAGGAGCAGGUGGCGCUGACGAUUCGUCAAGUCGCCUCGGCUCUUCACUUCCUUCACUUCCGAGGAAUUGCCCACCUCGACGUGAAUCCGCACAACAUCAUGUUCCAGUCGAAACGAAGCUGGAUCGCGAAGCUCAUCGAUUUCGGUAGCGCGCAGAGGAUGUCGUCAACGCCGGCCGUCAAGCCGAAGGAGUUCGACGCGAAAUGGGCGGCGCCGGAGUUCCACGUCGCCGAGACGCCCGUCACCGUUCAGAGCGACGUUUGGGGAAUGGGUGUGGUGGCGUUCUGCCUACUCGCCGGCUUCCAUCCGUUCACGUCCGAGUACGAUCGCGACGAGGCCGAGAUCAAACACAAUGUGCUGAACGUGAAAUGCGAUCCGAACUUGAUACCGGUCAACGCCUCGCAAGAAUGCCUCUCGUUCGCCACGUGGGCUUUGAAGAAAUCGCCAUUGAGACGAAUGCGCACCGACGAGGCGCUCUCCCACAAAUUCCUCUCGUCGGAUCCGUCGAUGGUCCGCCGACGAGAGUCGAUCAAAUAUUCGGCGUCGCGAUUGCGCAAACUCGCCGCGAUGAUCCGACAGCCGACGAGCGUUCGUCCAAUAAGCGACGAGCUCGAAUCGAAAUAUGGAAAUUGA